CCAAGACACUUUGCCAAAACUAGUUUUAAGUGAAAACGCAUUUUCACCAAGGCGAUACGGAACACUAGCAUUAACAAGGGAAAACGCGUUUUCACUUAAAACUAGUAUUACGGUAACAUAUUGUCGUAUCUAGUACCCACAACACAAGACAUAUGGACCUUACUGUGGGCCCUGUGGGGCUAGGUCGAUUUGUAUACGAUUGCCCAAUAUAUAUUUAUUUAAAUUUGCACAUAGGUAGGUAUUUAAGUCAAUAUAUUGCUGAAACAAUAAAGAGACGAGGAUAAGCAGCAUCCUGUUAAAUGAACAAAGAUAACAGUCAAUAUUUCACUAACUGCGUAUGUGCCGGCUAGCAAAGAUCGUAAUAAAUAAACCUAGAAUUAACUUUACGAAUAACAUAACAUUUAGUUCAUUAAAAUAACAAAUAAAAAGUGUACUCGAAGAAAUGAUUAUAUUUAGUGUGAUUUCCAUAGCUUUUUGUUUAUCCGUAGUAGUUGUAGCGCAUGGCAAAUUAUUCCGGUUUGACUACGACUACUACCAGGAGGCAGAAGGCUGGAUGAAGUUACACCAAAUACCGGCAACAUGGCGGGAUGCCAGACUAAGAUGCUUUAGAGAAGGUGCCGAGCUAGCCUCACCAGAAACGGAAAACCUCCGGCAUGCCAUGCAGAGCAUAUGUUUGAACAACCAAGCAGUAAAUUGUGGAAUUUUUACUGGAAUACAUGCUACGUACUCUAAAGGAGAUUACAAUUCAAUUGACGGUACCCCAUUGAAUCGAAUCCCAAUCAACUGGGCACCCGAUGAGCCAGACAACGCGGAUAACAAUGAAGACUGUCUCCUCAUGCUGCCCAACGGCACCAUGGCUGAUGUCAACUGCUCCGACGUCUUCCCAUACGUUUGCUACAAGAAGAAGCUGCCCAACACGGCGGUUAACAACUGUGGGACCGUCGAUAACAGUUACGCAUUGGACACCCGUACAGGCAGCUGCUACAAGUUUCAUGCAGAGCCUCAAACGUGGCCGCGCGCAUUCUCAGCAUGCUCUGGUGAAGGUGGCCAUCUCGCCAUUAUUAACAGCGAGACCGAGGCUCAGGUCCUCAGAGAAAUCUAUGCGCAGUACCCGCCCGGCAGCCUGCCUGGCAACUUUAUCAAGCACGUGGUUCACAUAGGACAUACAGAUUGGGAAGAACACGGGAUGUGGAUGACCAUUCAUGGACAAACACUAAAAGAAGCGGGCUACGACAAGUGGGCAGGGGGUCAGCCGGACAACUCCAGCUCUCAGUUUUGCGGAGCCAUGUUCAACAAUGGCCAGCUCGACGACGUUUGGUGUGAUCGCCCAUGCCCCUUCAUCUGCGAGAAGAAACCGGACAGCUUAAUGGCUGAAGAUGAUUUUUAAAUAGGAACAGAAAUACUUUUUACAGUACAUAUGGCGCUAAUUUACAGCCAUAGUACGGUAACUAGCACUAUACGUGCGUAUGUCGAAAAUUUAAAGGACCAUAUGUACUGUAAAACGUUGUACAAUACACGUGCGAAAAGGUAAUUUUGCACAAUUGUAUCGUAAUGGAACCAAGUAUAAUAAUCUUAUAUCGCCCAAAUCGAAUGCUUAAAGUGUAUUUUGUUAUUAUGUGUGUUUUUUCGUAACAUUGUAUUUUUAUAUGUUUUGUAAGUUCGCAGUGCCAGUAAUUCUGUAAUGGUGUGUAACUAAUUUGAAUUAAAGAAAUAUAGAACAAAUUAUACUAUGGAAAUAGAGUCCGUUUAAGUUAAGUCGGUACGAACUAUAAAAACAAUUGUGGAUAUGCCAUUGAACGUCAAAGCUUCAUAUAAAUAAUUAAGUAUGAAGUUUAUUAUGACAGAGUCGCACUUUGUCAUCGCAGUCCGUGCAGAGUAAGCUUGUCCGACUCUUCUUACAUCAACACCAAAUAUUUAUAUUAUUUACUCCAAAAUUACAUAAAACUGGUAAAUGGAAAUGGACAAUAAUAGGUAUAUUAACUAAUCUACAAAAAUAAACAAUGAUAAAACUGAUUUGUCAUUACCUACUUGG